AUGUUUCCAAAAUUGCUGUCGCCGUCUAAGACGGCUCUCCUUCUUGUCGCCAUCCUUUCCGCGACCAGGCCGUCUGUUUCAGCACCUACGGCAGAUGUAGGAACCUCUGUCAGUAGUGCUCCGAAACCUGUUCCGAACUUAGCUCCGAGCAAUGCGCAAUCGCUCUAUAGAAGAGCGGAGAUACCCUUUGAUACCAUAAAUACUAAAGAUGGGAUACCAAACCCCCCUCCCAAGCGCUUGGGAAAACGCCAGUUCCAGCAAAUGAGCGUAUCAGCUCCAGCAAUUUUGAGCAGACCACCAAACUCCCCAAAUACAAAUGACGAACAAAAUGCAAUCGGUGCUGCCGCGGAAAGAAUCAAACAAGCGGCCGAUGAAGCCGUUAACCACAUGGAGGAAGUAGCUAACUCCGCAGUUCGGAACGCUGCUAAUGAGCAAAGGGAUGGAGUCGAUAAUCCAAUUUUUCAUGGAAGCCAAGACAAUUCUUACGUAUGGCCAUCCGCCAUUCCUAGCAACUAUCCCUGGCCGACAAAUGUAGCGACUACGUGGGACCCGCUGGCAUCUGCAGCCGCGGUAGCUGCCGCCGCACCUGGCGGACAAGCGUUCCAAGUGUUAGAUGGUAACGGCAACCUAGCUGAGGGCAACCAAAUUCUCAACGAUAUGGGCCAGGCUAUUCCCGGCGAGACCCUCCAGAAUUCUGAUCCUAGUGUCGUCUCAGCGAUUACUAGCAAUCUCGGUCUUUGGCGUCAGGUCCUCGAUGACCCCAAUAUCCAGAAAUUCCUGCAAGACAAUACUCCGGAAGGUCUACAGCCGCUACUCGACCCUAGCACCGUCAAUCAACUAGAACAAAACCCUGGUCUUGCAAAUACCCUCUUUCCAAGUUUGAACAACCCGACACCAGAAAGUAUUACCCAAUUCCUAAUUUUACUAGAUACUGUCCCUCUCACCGAUAAGUUGAACUUGGUAAACGAAGGACAUGAUGUUGCUCUUCUAGCACGAACAGAUCCUGAAGAGCUUGCAAAGAUGAUGAAUACAGUAGAUAACCUUAGUGCUCCAACCCAAUUCCCUGUCAGCGGCUUCAGAACCGACAUUCUACCACCACCAACCGUCCACACCGACACCGGUUCAAUGUUAUUUACACCAAAUGGUUUUGAAAUGAGCCCUGUAGGGCCAUUCGGAGGGCCAGUUCCCCUUCCUCAGCAAGGUUUCGACGGGACGAUAAACCAACCUCCGGGGCCAGUUUCAGAUAUAUUCCAUGGCACGUUUGGAGCAAUACCCACCAAUGUAUUCCUUCCCAAUGGUGGAACGAUCAGCUUCAAUUGUGUCCCAAUAUACAUUGACGCAAAUGGAGAACGACAUGCCGCUUCAGAUAUCCCACCCCAGAUCCUAAGUGCAUUUAAUGUCGGUGGUAUGCAAAUGCCUAUUACGACUCAAUCGUCCUUCAUGGACCAAACCACGGAUCCUAACACCCCUUUAACACCCUUCUUAAGUGAAGUGGUUGCUGAAAACCCGGACAUUCUUUCCGCAUCGCAGAUCGAUGAUACCACCGUUCUUGUGAAUACUGAGGGGGGCGAUGACGCAGAGAAGGUAUUCUUGAAAAUGCAGAACGGAUGGGGUGUACAGGCUCAAGAUACUGACAAACAAAAUGGGCUCGAUACUGUGAUAUUGGAAAAGGGGGGAACGAAAUUUCAGAUUAGCCAGCCCCAAGGAUUCGCCACUGCGGAUAUUUUGGAUGCCAAAACCCCAGGUGAUAUCUUGAGCAAGAUCGGUGAAGGGGCGAGUAUCCAGCUCGAGACUGCCAAUGUUGCACCGGUGCCAGAAGUCGCUGCAUAA